AUGGCGACGGCCAAGCCCAGCUCGCUGCCUUCUAACGUCUGUGCUGAGCCACCAAGAAAGCCUUUCCCGGAAUCUGUUCUCGUCGCAGUUGCUGGAGACGAGUCUAUUGCUGACAACUAUUCCAAAGACCCGAAGCACGACCGACCGAAAUCUCCCAGCGGUGAUACUACUGACGAUAUCCAACAAUGCAACAGCCAAUCCGAAGAAGUCAUGGAAGCCUGCUCCGAGAACAACAGUGCUGGAGAUGCGAACUCUCAGGACGAGGAAGCCGAAGAAGUAACCGAGGAGCUAGGCGAAGAGGAUCACGAACAAGAAACUGAUGACGAUAUCACAUUUGAAGCUCCGAUGGAUCAUGUCAACAGAGCUAUCCAGGCUGCCACCGAAGCUGGGAUGAAGAAUGAACCGUGCUUCGACUUGUCGGCGGGUGUACCUCGGCAUAUCAGCGCAAGAUUUGAAGAUUCGGACUACUACGUCAUUCCUUGGAUAGCGUGUUACUCAUGGGAGAUGUAUUACUGCAACGAUCACAAUGCACUGAACGACAUAAACUGGAAUAACAUCACUAUUCGAAAGGUAGGCCAUGGCCUAAUCUCCUCUGAAACGUGGGACUCAGUUAUCCAACACGGAAUGAGCGUCGCAUUCUCGGUAUUCUCCUCUCGCGUCCCACAACAGCCUCCACUGGAUUACCAAGAUCAGUUGCGGUAUACUGUCACCUACUUGGAAGUCAGUCCAAAAGACAAGGAUGGAUGCUUCGUUGACGAGCGCACAUAUGACGCCCCAAUGGAGGUAGAGACUAUCCACGGUGAUACAGCGAUGCCCGCACUGGAAGAAUUGAGGACCAUUCAGACUCCACGUUACCGGGCAAAUGAUAAGGACGCCGGUGAGCAAGCGAGAGCUAAGCUAGGGCCCCUCGAUCAAGUGAAAGAGAUUAGCCUGAAGAUCAAUUCGUCAUAUCUACUGAACAUACUCAAGUCGGUGAUCGAAUACGCGUCAGAAUCUCCUCAUGGAGAGGAGUUCGGUGUAGGUAUGGGCGAGUUCAACUACCCAUAUAAGGAUCUUUACCAUCACAUGGACGAUCUGAUACGAUACCGGGCUGGUAAGAGCGACUUACGUGCUCAGCACCCCGCAGCUUUCAACGAGAGGGCAGACUGUCACAUUGACUUAAUGCUUGACUAUCUGAGCUUGCAGCGAGAUAUACCCUUCGAGAAACAUGCCUCUGCCCGCCGCGAAAAGGUGUCAGUCACUACUUUCGCGUCAUACUGGUUACUCCUAAAACCGGGUACUGAUGUGUAUGUGCGUGAAGAAGAUGGACUUAUGAACGCGUAUAUUGUGCAUGCAGUCAGCGGAGGCGUCACCCAGAUCGAUGGAAAAGCGAUCAAUCGCGACUACGAAGUCUCCGUAUGGAACCUGGCGUGUGAUGGGACAAAUGCAUUUCCUGAGAGUCGACGUGUACAUGUUCCAGUUUUCGACAACGAGAGGGACGUGAAAAGUUUGCCCGUAUUUCCCGUUGAGUAUAACGACAACUUCGACGACGGUAGACUCAGGCAGGAGUUGGUAGGACGAGGCAAGAGGUAUCUCAAAUACACGAGCCAACCAAGCUUCUUGCAGUACUCUGGCCGGGGCUUAGCAAAGGGUAUAGAGUACAAACGAGCACGUGUUGUUGUUGCACACGAGAAGACGCCCUGGAAUUUCUGCGACUUCAGCGAUGGCCACCAUACACCGAGGGACUUCACAGGCCACAUAAAAGCAUCUAUUCGCGUGGCGAGCUGCGAAUGCUACCAAUGUGAAGAGUUGAAGACAUCGCAAGAGAGUCACGAUAAGGAACGAUUCGGCGAUUAUCAUGUGAUUCAGCCAAAGAGCCCUGAUCUGAUCUCUGACCAUCAAUACAUGCUCAUGACAUCGCAUGUUUAUGCCUUCAUGCUGAAAGAGCGCACUUAUGACUUGCUAGCUGUCGAAGGCUUGGAAGAGCCUGAGCUGGUCGAAACAGCGAUCGACAGACUGGUCAUAGAUCAUAACAACAAAGAGUUGAUCAAGGCCAUGGCCCAGAUCUAUACAGAUAGCGACCCCGAUCGGUUUAGCGGGGACUUUAUACGUGGAAAAGGCGAGGGGCAGAUCAUACUUUUGCACGGGCCUCCUGGAACUGGCAAAACGCUCACAGCUGGUGUGUUACCGUAUCAUGUUGUCGGUUUACAAUGA